AUGGAUGAGUCAGGCUACCUGAUCAGUGUUGAGCUGCGCAGGUCUCACCCUGCUGCUGGAAAUGUGGUCUCCUGGCAGAAGAUCUUGCAUACAGAGGAUGUGGAGCUUGAAAUGGCGAAGGUGGCAGUCCUCUUACUUCAUCUCCACACCAUGGCCAAGCAAAACCUGUGCGAGUUUGAAUCUCUUGAUAUAGACACCCAGGGUGAACUUGUGGGAAUGCUUCGCUAUGUUCUCGACAAUGAAGAAGGAAUUUAUUUGGAUAAUAACUUGGCUGCAUUCUUGCGGAGUAGAGCCACAUCUCCAGUCGCCCGUUUAUUCAGCGCCAGUUCAGAUGAGACUGAUUCGCCAACAUUCUGUGAGAAAACUGGAGGGCAUAAAACAAAAUUUUUAGCAUCCAGUGUGUACAGUUCUGCACCAUCUAACUCUCCAACGUCACCCAUGCGGGACUUCAUGCAGACCCCAUUAGUCCAGGUGCGGCGGAUGAAGAGACAGCUUGCAGAUGCACGAACACUGCGUGAUGAUUUGGAGAUCGAGCUGACAGAAGCCCGCAAGUUGCUUACCGAGAAAGAAACACAGAUCUCAAUCAUGCAGCAGAAGGUUGAGCGUCUCGUGAAACUGACUGAGAAACAGACCAGCGAGGAGGAUUCUGAUGAACUCAGCAAUAUGAGGGAUAAAUAUGAAAGUUUGUUAAAUCGACUGCGUGAUGUUCAGAAGCAGUGCCAGGAUCUGAAAACUGAGAAAAACCAAACAGAAAGAAAGAUCGAUAAGCUUGAAGAAGAAAAUGGAGAUCUUUCAUACAAGGUUCGUGACUUGAGCAGUCGUCUGGCCCAGUCCCAGAAGGCCCUGAAUGAGCUAGCAGAUGAGCACGAGGCAGCUGUACCCCUUUGGGAAGAAAAGCAGAAGCAGCUGGAGAGUGACCUUUGUAUCACGCUCUCGGACAAGAAAUUGUUGGAAGAAAAAGUACAAAUCCUGGAAGGAAAAGUCUCCUUAAUGGAGGAUCAGCUGAAGGCAGCUGGGGAAAGUUCCACUGAGAUGAAAGGAGAGGUCAUGGGUGACAUUCUCCAGUUGGAGGCUCUUAAAACGGAAGUAUCACAGCUGACAGCCAAAACUGCAGAACUGGAGCAAGAAAGCUCCCUUCACAAAGAGGAGAAAAGCCGACUUGCUGAGACGAUUCGUAGCCUCGAGCAGUCCAUCAGUGAACUGGUCGAACAGAAGGAUCAGCUGGAGCAAGCUGCCCGGGUUCAGGAAGAUAGGCUCACUGGGCAGCUGGAUGCAUUGAAUGUGGAGAUCAUGAAGCUGAACAAUUCCUUGAUGCAAAAGGACCUGGAAUUGGAAGAGGAGAAGAAACUGAGGCGCCAGCUGGCUGAUGAUUCUCAAAGCAAAGAGAGAGCAGCCCAGCAAACCGUCCUUGAUCUUGACUCCAAGGUAGAGACGCUCAGCGAAGCCCUGCGGACAAAAGAAGAAGCACUGCGAACACUUGAGAAAGAGGUGGGCGCUGAGCGAGAGAACAUGGCACAGCAAGUGGCCACCCUGAAGGAAGAAUCCCAGAAGAUCAAUAACGAGAAGGCUUCCAUUAUCUCUCAGUAUGAGACAUUAAAGGCUGAGAAGGAGGCUGAACUGAACCUUGUCACUCAAGAGAUUCAGGUUUUGAAAAGUAACCAGUCGGAAGUGGAAAACCUAAGGAGCGAGAGGGACACUUUAUCACAGAAGGUAAAAGAAUUGAGCUCUGAGGCUGCAGAGGCAGACUCCAAAAACCAGAGCCUCCAAUUGGCUUGUGAAGCCCACAAUCAGAGACAUGCUGAAGAGGUUGCAGCUCUUAAGAUGAGGUUGCAGGAGACUGAAGGCGCACUACAGGAGCAUAAGAGCAGAUUGGCAGGUCUUGAUGCGAGCGCUCAAAAUGUCAAGACCCUUCAGGAGCAGCUCAGUUCCCUGCAGGGGACAAUAGAAGCAUUAGAAAAUGAGAAGAAACAAUGGGAAGAGGGGAACACCCUAGAAGCUGAGCGCUGUUCCCAACUGGCAAAUGAAGUGAAGGGGCUUACAGAGGAACGUAAUCAGGUUAGAGCCCAGUUAGCCGAAGAAUUAAAACGUCAGGAGGUGGUUGGGGCUGAAAUGAAGCAGACCGUGGAUGAACAGAUGGAAAGGUGCAGCAUACUGCAGAGUGAGCUUUCUGAUGCCCUGAGGAUGGUUGAGGAGAAAGAGAAGAAAGAAGUGAGGCUUCAUGAAACCGUAGCAUCUUGGAAGGAAAAGUUUGAGGUGAUUCAACAAAAACAAGUUCAGGGAAAUGAGGUUAUUGCAUGUUUAAAGGAAGAACGGGAGAAAGUCCAAGCUGAGCUGCUGGAAGAAAAGGCCAAGAGCAAUGGGCUUGAGGCGAGGAUAAACCAGUUGAAUAAUGAGGAAGAGAGCAAGGCCUCAGCACUGGAGAAGGAACUUUGCAAUGCGCUGUCACAAAUUAGGGAAGAAGAAACUUUGAGAGACCAGGCUCGGGCUGAGGUGUUGAGCUGGCAGGAGAAGUUUGAGACUGCUCAGAAGGAAGCAUCUCAGCGCCUGUCACAGAUGGAGGAGGAGGACAGGCGAAACUCGCAUGAGCGAGACCAAAUACAGAAGGAGCUGAGUGAGGCAAGGGAAAAGGUGGCUCUCCUUGAGGAGCGGGUGAGCCAGAACAGCAGUGAGCAACAGGACCAAAUCUCGAAGCUGGAGGCUAAUCUUGCCAAAGCACGACAAGUGGCAAGAGAGGAUGCAGCACAGAGCGAGGAGCUUCGCGCAGAGGUUGGGACAUUGCACAGCCAGCUGGCAGAGCUGAGGAAAUCCCAGUCCGAGGGCCUGGCCAGGGUGGAGGAAGAGCGGCACAAACUGUCCAAGGAAAAAGAUGCAGCCAAGGUAGAACUGGAGGCUGAGAGGGCGAGCAAGCUUGAGGUGGAGGCUAGGUUGCAGCAGUCUCUCAGUGAGCAGCAAGAACGCCUCGUGGCUCUGCAGAGUGAGGUCUCUAGUGCCCGCACCGCCAGAGAGGAAGUGGAGACCAAGGAGAAACUGAUGAGGGGUGAAAUUGAGAAAUGGCAGGAGCAGAGCAGACACCAGCAAGCCAAGAUCAAUGAACUCCAAACAGAGGUAUCAACCAUGAAAAGCAUGAAGGAGAAGAUCAUCAGCCAGGAAAGGGAGAUGCUGCGUUAUGCAGAGGUCUUGAGUAAGAAGGAGGAGGAGUUAAGUGAGCUUGGGUCCAAACUGGCAGCAGGUGAUGAGGCAGUCCGACAGCACAAGCAGCAAAUGGACUCCGUUGAAAAGGAGCUCUCCGCAUCCCGCAACCUCUGCCAAGAAAGGCUGAGCAAUAUUGAGGCAUUGAAAUCACAAGUAGCUGAACUGGAGCUGAAGUGUGAAGGACAACAGGGCAUCAUUGCCCAGCUGGAGACGGAGAAAACAGCGCAAGGUUCUCACAGCCAUGAGCAUGUGACAGCGCUACAGGGAGAACUGUCGUUAGUCCGUGGCUUGCUGAAGGAGAAAGAGUCAAUGGAAAGGGCCUUGAAGGAAAAAGUGUCCCUGCACCUGGAAGAACUUGCGAAGCAGAAGGAAAAGGUUCGCGCCCUUGAGCUGGAAAUCCCAACCUGGCAGCUGAAAUCCUCAGAAGAGCAGAAGGAAAAUGCGAAGCUGAGAGAUAAGGUGGCAGCACAAGCAGAAGCAUGCAGGAAGCUACAGGAAACCAUGGAUGCUUUGAGGGCAGAGCAAGCCUCUGAGGCACAAAAGAGAGACUCGACGGAAGAAGCAACAAAGCUCCAGAACGCAUCCCUUAAAAUGGAGAUUGCUGCUCAAAAACAGGCAGCUGAAAGGCUUCAGGAGGAACUAGCUGCUAGGAGACUAGCAGAAGCAACACUAGAACGCCAGGUGCAAACAGACAGAGAACGAAGUGCCCAGAUGGAACAGGAGUUGCUCCAGUUGCGUGGCCAGUUGGGAGAGGUCCAGUCUGCAAUGCGGGCAGCUGAGUCACAGCGCCAGGAAGAGCUUGAGCAGCAGAAGAAGCUGCUGAAUGAGUUGAAGGCGGAGACCAGGCAGCUGCCAUCUUUGAAGGAGCGCUGUAAGGAGCAAGAGCAGGAGAUACAGCGACUCCAGCAGAGUAGCAACCAGCUGAGCUCCGAAUCUGUCUUGGCCUAUGGGAGACUGGAGGCUGAACUGGCCAAGGCCCGGGAGGCACAUGCCAAAGAGCUGAACCACCUGAAAUCUUGCCAUGCUGAGCAGGAGGCUGCCAGCAAAGCAAAAGAAGACGAGAGCCAGAAAAGAGUGGAAGAAGCGACCAGCAAGUAUGAGAAAACGAAACUCAUGGUCCUGGAUGAGCGACGCAGGUUUCAAGAUGAGCAGCAAAAGCUGAACGCACAGGUUGAAGAACUGCAGAAGAAGCUGACUGCAGAGAACCAGAAGGUGGUGGAUCUGAAUCAGAAGCUGGCCCAGCACGACACAACAGCUAAAAGUAAGCUGCAGAAACUCAAGGCACGUGAUAAUGAUGCGCAGGAGAAACUGGAACAGCAGGUGGAGGAACUCAAUGCACAGCUUGAGAAGAAGGAGGAGGUUGUGCAGCACAUCAAAGCCCAGCUGGAUAAAGCAAAGACUCAUUACGACAGCAAAAAGGUGCUGAAUCUUGAGCUGACACAGAAGUUGGAGGCCAGCAGGAAGGAUAUCUCUGCCCUGGAACAGCAGCUCACCUCCAUGAAGCAGGAGUGCACAGACCUGCGCAUGGAGUCUGAACAGCUGCGUAAGGAGCUCCAGCAGUCGGCAAAGGAGUUGAAGGAAGCGAACCAAAAGAACAAGACCCUCUCUGCACAGGUGGAAUUUGCUGACCGGCAGCUGAGAGAACUCAAUAAGCCAAGUCAGACCACUGGAUCUGUGAAGUCCCGUGUUGACACCCGCAGAGGCUCAUCGCGGGCUGAAGAAUCAGAAGCUGAUUUCAGCAAGGACAGCAUCGAGCUGAGCGACUUGGAGGAAACAACGAUGAUGUGGGAGAAUACUGGGGGCAGGAGGGGGAAGGCAGCUUACAAGACUCCUGUCGCAGCUCAAAGGAGAGCAGGAUCUCACGCUGCACAGAAACAACGUGGCAGCCAAGAUUCCCUGGAGUCUCUGUACUUCACCCCACUGCCCAGCCGUAGCCAGUCCAAACUGGAUACCAGCCUCAGCUCUCUCGGUGACCUGAGUCUGGACUCAGCCAAGAAAACCCGCUCUGGGCGGAGACGCACAACUCAAGUCAUCAACAUCCUGAUGACAAAGAAGGAGACAGUUGACCAAGAGGAAGCCAGCACUUCAAGCUCUUCAGUUCUGGGCACCCAGUCCUCCUCUUCUCAACCCAACCUCUUGGGCCGGCCUUCCCGGGGAGGUCGGAGGAAUCGGCCCACCUCCGCCAUCUCCCUUCCAAUCAUUGAUCGCUCCAUGUCCCAGGACUCGCUGGACAGCAGCAGUAAUGCAGAGGACUUGGGAGCCGCUGCCCUAAUGAACCUGCCAGGCUACCGGCCAUCAACCAGGAGGUCCACCAGGCUGUCUGCAUUCGGCAGUGUUGCCUCGGGUUCAAGCAGUUUGUACCCUGGAAGCUGCCAGGAUGAACCUGAUCAGCUGGAAGACUGGAAUCGGAUUGCUGAACUGCAGCGACGGAAUGGGGUGUGCCCCCCACAUCUGAAGACAUCGUAUCCCUUGGAAUCCAAUACUGCUACCAAUGAAUCGAUGAUCACCGAGGAUGAGCUGAGACUCGGAGACCCGCAGGAGACUCUCCGAAGGGCCACCCUGCUACCUCAGCAGAUAAAGGAGAUGAGCACCGGCCGUCAGAAGAGGCUUUCCACUGACUCUCAGGGGCCCAACUGGAAAGGAGUCACCACUCGCCAGCGCAAGCGACUGUCAGAGGAGUCACACCAAGGAUCAGGCACCCCAGAGGCCAAGAAGCAACUGAGCUGUUUUCCUCGCCCCUUGACCCCAAAGGAAAAGGAGAAACAUGCUCACUCCCUGUUUGACAGCCAGGCCAAGCGCCUGACUCUAAAUAAGGCCAAGAACCAGAAUGAUAGACGAAAAUCGAUAUCUUACACCGUCUUGAACACACCUCGGAAGUUAGGCAACACCCUGCUGAGAGGCAUCAACAAAAGGGCGACUCCCAGGAAAACCCCCAAGAAAACCCCAAAGAAAUCGCCCAAGAAAUCUCCAAAAUCAAGUUCUAAAAAGGAUGUUGGCAGACGCAAAGCAUCCAGGAAUGUGAAGAUGUGAGUAUCGUAAGGAGGGUGUUUGGCGAGAUCCCUGAGCAGGAACCUAACCCGCCCAGGACUGGAUGUUUGUGAAGACCCGUUAUGCCCGGAGAACAACCGGACAAACUGCUGGCUUACUCUUUUAUUUUUUUUAACAAAACAAUUUGCCUUAAGAGUGAUUAACGAAGUCAGACUCCACACCAGUCAACGUAGAGUACAGUAGUUGCAGGAGGGUGAGUUAACUGUUCACUCCUGCCUCCUAGUUUUGAAUGCUCAUGCCGGUUACUCGAGUAUUAGGAUUGCAGCUGAAACUUUCUAUCGAACUAUAUUUCUUACGUCCUUUUGCAAGCCUUGCCUGUUGUAAAUUUUCCAGUUGGUGCUUUUGAAGCAGUUUUCUCUUUCGAUAAGGCCAUACAGUGGCAGCCGAUGUCGCCUCUCACUCUUGCAGAAAGCAGAUUUGUGCAUGUAACUUUAUAAAGAAUUGCUUCCAGGUUGAGACCUGACACCGUCAACAGGGUGGGGUGGAGUCAGGGACCAAGCCCACCCAACCUGUGGUGGACUUUACUCCUGCACACACACAUACACACAGACACUCACCCCAUCUCUCCUCACUCCCCCCACCCCCACCCCCACCCCCACCCCAAAAGCACUUUUUGAACCUUUGUCUGAAUUGUUAAAAGCCCAGAUGCCUUGCAGCCCCCAAUCUGGCAUUGGGUCUGAUAUUUGACACUCCCACUGUAUGGCUUCAUUUUCGAGCAUCCCUGUAGCUAGUUAGGUUGUAGCUGUUGAGCGUUACGACUAUACAGGAGACAAGGAUUAUGAAAAUGGAGACUUGACCUGGUAACCUGUCUUAAAGAGGGAAUGUGAGUAACUCUAUCACUUGGGAAUGUCUGAGGAGUGGCAUUAUUAAUUCCUGACUUCCCUAAUUCCUUUCUGGCUGUUUUAUCAUGUGGUUCUCUCUUUCUGUCUUCCUUCUACUUUCAUUUUCAGUUGCCACUGUACUGCCAGUGACAUUAGGAAGGAAAUACCUAAACAGUUUCCUAGAGACCAGGCUGGCAUUGUCACUGCUGACAUUGAACAGUGUGAUUUCAACCCCUGAUGUCAGCGUGAGGUGUUUGUAACAAACACAGCACAGUAGAGACUUCUUAUUGGGGAGGUUGCAAUAGAGCAAAGAGGAGAGUUUGGAGAAGAAAUUAGGGGGAGACCCUUACAGGGGUCUGCAAUCUUUUUUUCUCAUACCUCCGUAUCUGUCCCCUUCCCACACAACCCUGUUCAGAAUGAAAGUGUUACAAGUGCUAGCUUUUGUCUUGGGAGCUGGAUUAAAUCCUUUGGCUCCCUCACACUACCACUUAUGUUUAUCCAAUGUUAUCCCAAUUAGCUACUUCAUUUAUUACUUUGAGUUUGAGGGAAUAAAUGUAUUAAUUGUUGAUUUCCUGUCGGCCCCUCUAAACGAGCUUCAGAUGCUGGGACUUGCUGAUUGCAGGUUAUUUUCUCUCUCUCCUCUUUUUCUCUGUAUUGCCUGCCUGCGGGAGGGGCCCAGCACUCCCAGGGCUUCUGUCUGUAGAACACUAAGUUAAUCCUGGCGUUGUUACAGACGUAUCCUUUCAGGUCUUGGAUCUAGCCUUGUACAGCCCUUGGCUCCUGUAUACCGCUGUGCUAGAUUAUGUAUAUGUAGACAUUAUUAAUCAGUGAUUGCGUGUUUAUUAUGAUCAGCCUGUUUUAAGCUAUUGUAGGUUUUAUGAAGUUGAAAAUUGGACUCUAAAGACACAGCUAAUUUCAGUCACCCUCACCACAGGGCACUGAGCUGGUAACGAAAUCCUAAUUGGUUCAGAGCAAAAUUUAUUUAAUUUUUUCUGUGAUGCCUGAUUCCAGUCUGGGAAACACUUUAAAUCCUUUUAUUAGUAAACAAAACUGUUAAGAAUCUGACCAGAUCUGUCAGUGCUGGAGAAAUACCGAGAGAUUGUGCUCUUGUGAGAAAUCUUGGUCCCAGAUAAGUCCGAUUGUUUUGAAGAGAGGCUGGAGAGAAACUUUAGAGUUGUGUGUGUGAGAAUACAGACAAUGCUGAGCACUGGGUUGAAAGGUGAGGCGAGUCAUGCAGUGCAUUGAAGUCAAAGCCACCAAGAUUUACAAAGUGAAUCUGCCCUUGCGACGGGUUCCAUGGGGAGCGAACGUCAGUGACUCCUAGAAUCCCAGCACCCACCCCUUGUGAUCCCAUGGUCACCACGGAAAUGGACUUCUUAAAAACAAAAGUGUAUACAUUGGGUCCUCCAGCUGGUCGACCUCCCUGAUCACAACCAGCUUUCAAAAAGCUCUGUCCAUACAUUGCACAGAGCAUCCAUGGAAUGAUAGUUUGGCAGUAUGCACCAUAUGGGUGAAGGAGGGAUUGUAGGUGGGCAACACUGAAGGAUUCUGCACAAAAUACACAUUUGCCAUUUCUCUCCCCUCCUACCGUUGGUCCAGAGAUUCUCAGAAUUUUCCUCCUGAUUUAUAUUUCGUUGCUUCCCAGUGGCUCCUGUGCAUCAACACCAGGCAGCACAAGCAAGAACUAUCAAGCACUUGUACAGGUUUGCAGAUCUGUCAUGUUCAGGUAGUGAUCCUCUGGGUAUUUAGUAUUUUGGGGUGUAUGGAAUGGAGGUAGAUGGUCAGAGAAAAAUUACCCAGUGGUCCCAUUAUCUGGCUGAUCUGUCUGCAAACUGGGUUUAUCGUGAUUUGUCACUGACUGUCUGAAAUGAUAUUCUAUUUGCUCUCUCUAAAGCAGGCUUUAAAAAUAUUAAUUUUUUAUACGAGUUGUUUAGACUGUCUGUCUCUCUCUCUUGUGCAGUCCUUCUGAAUGCACAGUGUAAUCUUAAAUGUUGUCUCCACUUAAUAAAAUAAAUGUACCUGUUGCAUA